AUGAAGCUAGAAGAGUCUCAUUCAUUUCCCUAUGAUAAAGCUGUAAGUUCUUACUUCUUCACUGCUUUUCUCGCCCGUCGCAAUUUUGUCAGCCAGCUAGGCGAUGGUUGGAUGCUUAUCGCUGUAGUAGAACCCGUUGUAAGGGGAUUCCUCCGGAUGGGAGGAACACAACAGAGGUUGACCACCGACGUCUACGCAGAACUUCGCGCGCUGGAUCUCCAGCUGCCGAAACACACCAGUUCAUCCCAAUCAACCCGUUGUAUUCCGACGAAACCUACAAGGAUACCGCCUUAUGGAGCAACGACCGGAUGCCUGUGGAGUUGGGCCAAUCCACGUGAACCAUAUACCGAUGCUACCAAUGAGAUUCACGCUGUCAAUGGGAUUUACAAUGUCGAUACGGUCUCUGUUGAUAAUGUUUAUUUUCUUAUAACCUCUAUUGCUAAACUGAAUAGCACUGGACUACUGCUCGGGAGAGCUCCCUUGCCUUAG